ACACACCAUCAAACUCACGAGAGAAACCUUCACCCUCCAGAGGCUCGACAGAGGGGCAGUUUGUGAGCGUCUGAACCGAGUGUUUUCCCCACGUCUUCGCAGGUUUUUCUGACCACUCCAGACAUCACACCGGACUUCUCCCGUCGACUCCGCAUCCUCGCAAGGCAAAAUGGGGAAACAGAACAGCAAGUUGACCCCUGAAGUGAUGGAGGACCUGGUGAAGAACACAGAGUUUAAUGAGCAUGAGCUGAAGCAGUGGUACAAGGGAUUCCUGAAGGACUGUCCCACCGGCCGACUCAACCUGGAGGAAUUCCAGCAGCUCUAUGUCAAGUUCUUCCCUUACGGUGACGCGUCCAAGUUCGCCCAACACGCCUUCAGGACCUUCGACAAGAACGGCGACGGCACCAUCGACUUCAGAGAGUUCAUCUGCGCGCUGUCCAUCACAUCACGAGGCAGCUUCGAGCAGAAACUCAACUGGGCCUUCAACAUGUACGACCUGGACGGAGACGGCAAGAUCACACGGGUGGAGAUGCUGGAGAUCAUCGAGGCGAUCUACAAGAUGGUGGGCACGGUGAUCAUGAUGAAAAUGAACGAGGACGGCCUGACACCCGAGCAGAGGGUGGACAAGAUCUUCUCCAAGAUGGAUAAGAACAACGACGACCAGAUUUCGCUGGAGGAGUUCAAAGAGGCGGCCAAGAGCGACCCGUCCAUCGUAUUACUGCUGCAGUGCGACCUGCAGAAAUAGGCUGUAGGGCCAGCGGGGCGCUCCGCCAUCCGCCACAGACUGCACAGAAAGAAUUUCAUGUUCCAUUCAGUUUGCAGCUAUUUCCACUGAAAAAAAAAAAUUAUUAUAUGCUUGGACUACCUUUCAAUGGAUCUGCUUCUUGUGUUUGAAACACUCGUGUGCAUGAGAAUGUUAUUUGCUAUUUAAAAAAAAAAAAAAAGAUCUACACACAACAUACACAGGGUGUGCGGGGUGCACACACUAACAGUACACACACACACACACAGUCUCUCACCACACAUUAUUAACACCUCGCACAAAUAAUAUAUAUAUAUAGAUAUAUAAAUAUGAAUAUAUAUUUAAAUUAUUUAAAGAUCAACUGCCAAAAUGUGAAGUGUGCAAAGUAUUUUCCAUACACUUUCAUUCUACUGGAGCUUGCGCAUCAGUGAUGUGCUGCGUUGAAUUUACCGCUACUCUAUUUAUUGUUCCGAGUUUACUGACGCUAGCUGUGCGUGUUUCAUUAUACUGAGUAACGUCAACCGAACCAAACUCCUACGAUUUAUGUAUCUGCCUCCAACACGACGACUCGCGCCAUCGUCUCGAAUAUUAGCUCUAGAAGGGAUGGAUUUAACGUUUGUCCAACUUUUCCUUCCAAAAACAUGCUUGUUCCGUCGGGAAAUGAUAUUUAAAAACAAAAAAAUAACAACGUAAAUGUAGUUAAUUUGCAUGCCUUUAGGUUCUGCCUUAAAAUGCUCCUCAUUCUGCAUCCUGUAAUCGACAGAAAGCCUUAUCAAAGCAGCGUGUGGCGACACUUGGCGGGGAAAACCGUGAGAAAACCUUUUUGUUUUUUCCCAAACAUGGAGGGGAACGGGUGGGAAUCAAACACAGUAUCGUCAUAUGGGAUGUAAUUUUUGUGAUCUGUCUGGGUGUUUUUUCUUUUGACUGCUUUAACUGUGGGAGCAUGUUUCCUUGUAUUUAAGUGUAUUAUAUGUUGCUAAGAGCUAAAAAAAACAAAAAAAAACAACAACCCUGCAUUUAAACACACUUUGUGAAUGUGGAGAUAAAAGUGAGAGAGGAUGGAAAAAAAAGAGCUAAUUUGGUAAAUUGUCGGACUGGAGGCUCGUACGAGCACAUUUUAAUAUUUUAAUCAGGACUCUGGAGAGUGAAUGAAGCUUAGGAAGAACAAUUAUUCAAGCAUCGUUUUUAAACUUGGUUAAAACCUGUGUCACCAUCACAUCCUUAACCCCCCCCCCGACUAGCCUGCAGGUUGCAUAUCAACGUGAUGAGUUCUGAGGAGGUUUCUCUGUAGACUCUGAGCGAUGAAGAAGAGCAGCCUGUGCAGCAGUUGACGUUAUCGUUUUUGUCUUUUUCAGUGGAAGUAAGUGAGUGCUGGAGAAGUGAGAGGAGCAGUGAAUGGCCUUUCAUGAUUACACACUAGAGGACGGCCCUUUCUGUAAAAGCCAUGUGUUGUUUCGUAGGUUAAACUAUUCGCCCCACCCCCUCUUACCCCCUUCUUCAAGUCUUUCCCUCAAUCCGUCAAUCUUUUUGUACUUUUUUACUCCCUUCUCUCACAUUGCACACGCACCGAUGCAGACUUUGAUGUAGAGAAGUUCAGUGAAGCGUGGCGCCUCCUUGAGAGGAUUUGGAAAUGAGCACUUCAGCUCACGUUAAAUAAAUGGACCCAAACGUGUCACAAAGCACCACAAAUACUUGCCAAACCCUGCAUUAAAUACCGCCAGUGUUUUAGGAGUGAAAAGAGGGCUACAGCGGUGAAGUGUCGUAUUAAGACAGUGUUGAAAUAGGGACCUAACAAACCCGUCCAUCGUGUUUUCUCUCUCGCUCUCUCUCUGCACUGUGGCUCGUCCCUGUCAGGUCUGUAUUCUGAACUUCUUUACAUCCCUAACAACAAGGCAAUGUUUGUAAUUACAUCCCUGCAAUUACUCUUUACUGCUAUCAAGAUACCAAAUGUAAGCGAAGGCGACCGUGUACAAGGAUUCUUUUUGUAGCAUGUAUUGUGUCCCUGACAACAUGGCUGCACUAUUCCCUGUGUUGUGAUUUACUCUAAUAAAAGGAACUCUAUGGGC